UCAGAAGGGGAGCCAGCUGUUGACAGGACAGUGAUUUGCUGGUUUACUGGGAAUUGAGGUCAGAGCUGCUGGCCAGGGGCAGAGCGCAGAGGAUUGUGAAUGAAGAGUCUGGGAGCUGAAAGUCACGUUGUCUCUUCUUGCCUUGGGGGUGCCUCUGAGUGAGCGUGGAGGUGGAGGGGCAUGCCUCCUCCUGCCCCGUCCCCUCGCCUCAGGCAGACUGGCACCCGAGGGGCCCUUCAGAAAGCAGUGGGCCUAGGAAAGGGUGCAUGAUAGCUGUGACAGGCAGGCUUUUUCCACUGUGCAUGGCUGAGUGAAGAAAAGGAAGGAGCCAGAGGGCAGGGCGCUUCGCUGCAGGGACCCACCUGUACUCGCUGACACUCCCCCACUGCACGGGGCAGGGCCUGGGGCUGGGAGAGCUGCGGCGUCUUGCAGAACCAGGAUUCAAACCCAGGUCUGGCUGUUCCAAAGCCACUGCUCAGCUAGUGUGCAGGGGAGUGGGGGAGGCUCCCUCUGUCCUCUCUUAGUAAAAAUGGGGAUAGUCCUAAAAGAAACACCUGGAGUGGCCUUGUAAGGAAGGAAAGUUCAAGGGCAGAUCAGAGUUGGGGGGGGGUGUUUAGAGGCGCAUGUGAGUUGUAGCUGCCCGCCUGCCCCCACUCCCCUAGGCAGGGCCCAGUCCCGUGGGUAAAGGAACAACAGGACUCAGGGCUGAGAGCACUUAACUCUGCAGGGCCAGGUGCUGGGUACCCUUCCCCCUUGGAGGAUGUAGGGCCCUUUGUUGGUGGGGAGCUCGCUGCUGGGGCUGGGCUCUGGGGGUGGCUGCAGUGGGUCCACCAGUCCAGAUACCUGAGGGCAGUGCCUGUGGAUGAAGCCCGUCCCACCUAAAGGUGAUGCUGGACGUCACAUGGAGCCCAGGACACUGUAGUCCCCCUUCUGUACCAGCCCCGGGCCUGUGAUACAGAGGGAAGCGCUGUGUCUGUGGUGGUGGGGAGGGCUUACGGGCAAAGGAAGGUGGCUGACCCUCUGAGCAGGGUUUGUUGACACAGCCCAGGCCCGAGUGUCAGCCUUAUGCCAUGUGACUGAGGUCUGGGGGCUUUGCCCAAGGGGCAGAGAGGUCAGGAAAUGCUAGUUGGCCCCUCUCCUGAUCCUCUCUGAUCCCCACUCCAGAGACCCUGUCACGUGGGGAACAUGGGGAGGAGCGAGUGUCUGUGUCUAAGUGCCCAUCUCAACCCAGCACUUUGGCCAGGUCAGGCACUGCCCCACACUCUUCACGGAUAUCCCAUCUUGUAUUCUCACAGCAUCCCUGUGAGGGAGGGCCCUUUAUUUUCCCAACUACAGAUGGGUUGACUGGGGCACAGAGAGGUUAAGUCACUCGCCUACAGGCACACAGCUAAGCAGUGUAGAUGUGGGAUUUGAACUCAGAGUAUGACUUUAGCAGCUAAGCUCUCCCAGCUUUACUUGUUAGCUGGCACUUCAUAAAAUACUCCCUGUCCAUUAUCUUGUUUCUCCUUUGACACGCCCUGGGGGAAAAGUAAGGAUUGUUGUUUCCGUUGCACAGAUGAGUACACUGGGGCUCAGAGAUAAGCUUGCUCUGAUUCAUGGCUGACAGAUCAUGUCCCUCUCCCCACCCAGGCUGUAAGCUACCUAAGGGGAGGGGCCAGGUCCCUCCAGCCUGUACCUGGCUCACAGCACAUCCUCACUAAAUGCAGUUCUUUGAUUUAAAUGUGCAGGUGUUCUGUUGUGUGUUCUGAUCAAUCUCUUCAUUUUGCCCCUAGAGCUUUAGGAGCUGGGAAUUAUAGCUCCAUUUCACAGAUGGGGAAUACUGAGGCAGAGCAGUGAGGUGACUUGUCCACUAAACAUAGCCAGUAAGGGACACAGCAGGGUUGAGUGAGGCAGCCUAGCUGGCCUGGGUGAGAAGGGUUUAAACACCAGGGAGACCUAUAUGAAGGGCUAAAGUCAAGUCUGGCCAUACCUGGUGCUGGCGAGGACGUGGAGGAACGGGAACACUCGGGCAUUGUAGGGCAACGUACAUGGUUCGCUGCUCUGGAAAGCAGACUGGCACUUUCUCCUCGAGUUAAACGUAGAUUUCUCGUAUCACUCAAUAUAAUCCCACUCCCGAGUGUCUACCUCAGAGAAAGGAAAACUGGUGCUCACGCAAAACCUGCACGUGAAUGUUUGUAGCAGCUCUGUUCGUAAUCAUCAAACUGGCCACAACUCAGACGUCCUUCACUGAGGGACGGGGUAAACCAACCAGUACAUCCAUGCCAGGGGAUUCCACUCUGCUGUCAAGAGAAAGGGACCUUGACAGCAUGCACGCAGAGGCCUGGGUGAAUUUCAAAAACAUGUUUCUGAAUGAGAGAAGCUGGUCUCCAAGGUUAUAUAUUGUAUGAUUCCCUUUAGGUAACAUAGUUGAAGAAACAGAACUAUAGCAACGGACAACAGAUGGUGGUUGCCAGGGGUGAGGGGAGGAUGUGACUGGUGAUGUGGCCGCCCCGGGCCCUGAUUUGGAGGUGGUGGUUACCUAGAUCUAGCUAUACAUGUGCUAAAAUUCGUGUAACUGCAAACCACAAAAUUGGUCUAUUUUGCUGUAUGCAAAUUAAAAAAUAAAAGGCCAGAGGGAAGGCCGGAAGAGGAAGGGUGGCGACCAGGCAGGUGAGGGGGCCAGCUCUGUGCUGUUCUCUGCAGUGGCUCCCGUGGGCAACCUCCAGUGGGUCCAACCUGGCAGCUGGUGGGGACACCAGGCUGAUUGUAACUUCUACCUGGAUUCACAGGAAGGUGGUGGCAGGUGGCCGAGGUGUUGUGACAGCGCCCCCUUGAGGAGCAGUGCAGUUAAACCCUGGCCGUGGCAGUGGGGCGGCUGCCCUGCUGACUCGCUUCGGGCAGAGCUGCCUUCCCGGUCACCACCAGCUGCCUCCCGUUCCGCGGGCGUGUGUUUGUGUGGGAGGGAAAGCACAGCUGCCCCCCACUUUACAGAGAGCUGGGCCGGGGGCUUAGGAGGGCGUCGGGCCUGGACAUCACUCACCAAAGACCUCCAAUGGUGACGUUGGCCACUGUUUCCCAACUGGAGCCGGUAAGCUACCUGCCCAGUUCAUCCAGUCUCUUUAGAGACCACGUUAUCCAGCACCCUACAGUGCCUUUGUUCUGGUAUUUACUUGCUGGGUGCUUUAUUUUGUUUUAAGCCCCUGGGAAGCUGGAAAACUGGAGGUGACCUGGGGACAUUCCUGCCCCUAGCAGUCCUGGCUGGGGCUGGGAGGGUGCGACUUGCCUGGGCCCACACAACCGAAGGCCUGACUCUGAGGCCUGGGCAGGGGUGUCCAGCAAGCCCACCUCGGGCCCCUGGCUGAGGGACAGGCAGCUUCGGAGCCUUGUGGUUAUUGGGGUGGUUUUCCUGCCUCACUGGACGAUGGCUGUGGGUGGGGAUGAUGGGCUGGAAUCUGGGAGGCACCCAGAGCUGGCUGGGCCUGUGAUAGGGUGGGGGUGCUGUGCUUAUUCGACCUGGUUUCUGUUGAACCUCACUGAACUCGGUUUCCUCGUCGGUAGAGUGAGUGGAAAUAAUACCCAUCUUGCAGGCCGCUGUGAUCAGAGGAGCCCGGGGCCAGCUUCCAGAAGCCUUCACCUCGCUGAGGUUUAUGCUGUUGUCUCCUCCGCGUAGAUUUUGUGCUGACUGAAGGCAAGGACAGCCACUUCAGCGUCUUCGUCACCUAGCCUAGUGACUAGCACACACCUGACAAAGAGGCCUCCCUGGAUCCUGGGCCAGAGUCUGGCCACCUUCUGAGAUCCGGAAGCCGGGCAGGACAAGAAGCUGAGGCCAGAUCUCCCCCCAGCCCUCCCGCAGAGGCCGGGCUCCAGGACAAGAUGGCAGCCAAGCAGCCCCCACCUCUUAUGAAGAAGCACAGCCAGACGGACCUCGUGAGCCGCCUGAAGACCCGCAAGAUCCUGGGCGUGGGCGGGGAGGACGAUGACGGGGAGGUGCACCGCUCCAAGAUCAGCCAGGUCUUGGGUAAUGAAAUCAAGUUUGCUGUUCGGGAGCCUUUGGGGCUCAGGGUCUGGCAGUUUGUUUCUGCUGUGCUCUUCUCUGGCAUCGCCAUCAUGGCCCUGGCCUUCCCUGACCAGCUCUACGAUGCUGUCUUUGAUGGAGUCGAGGUGACCAGCAAGACCCCCAUCCGCCUCUAUGGUGGUGCCCUCCUCAGCAUCUCCCUGAUCAUGUGGAACGCUCUCUACACGGCUGAGAAGGUUAUCAUUCGAUGGACUCUGCUCACUGAAGCCUGUUACUUCGGGGUCCAGUUCUUGGUGGUCACUGCCACGCUAGCCGAGACGGGCCUCGUGUCCCUGGGGAUCCUGCUGCUCCUGGCCAGCCGCCUCCUCUUUGUCGCCAUCAGCGUUUACUACUAUUACCAAGUCGGCCGAAAACCCAAGAAAGUUUAGCCGCCCUCCCGGCCAGGGGCCCGUCUGGGGCAGGGAAGCCCUGACAUCUCGGUUCCCCUUUGGUUCCGGAAGGCAGGAAGGACCCUGCCUCCAGGCAGGCAGGGAUGGCCGCCUUCCUCUCCUCCUGGGCACUCCCCAAAUGCUGUGAUCUCCUGGGCCUUCAGGUUUGGGGAGGGACAGGGCCUCGGCACCCCUGUCCUUCCCCCCACACAGUGACGCCUCCUUUUCUUGAGUCUCUUGGCCUCUGGGUCCCCUGGACAGACACUGACAGAAAAGCCUGAGCCAUGGGGCAUCUGGCCAAGGCCAGGCCCUGCCCCUCUGCCAGGAGACCCUUCCUUCUUGAGAGAGGCUAUGGUCUGCCUCCCUGUCCUCUGCCUACACCCCCAGCCAAUCUAAUGCCCAAGCAGCUGAACUUGGCUUCUGCCCAUUGCUGGAAGACCUGAGAACUUGACCCUGCCCAUUCCUUCAGUGUGGGCCCUCCUCACAUGUAGGUGUCCCCUCUGUCCCCUAGACACCCAGCCCAGUUGUGGGCUAAAGGGCAGUGUGGCAGUCCCCUUUCAGCCUUCUGUGAGGGGGCCCACGGGUGGCCAGAUCCUUGUCCUCGGCUCCAGGCCUGGCUGCCACGGGCUUUCUGGGGGCUUUGCUCUUGGCUACUCUGCCUCCACCCCAGCUCCUGGAGGCCCCUGGUGCCCCCUCCCCUAAUUGGCUUGGGCCCAGAUGGACACCUGGAUAACCCCAGAUGAAGGCCACCUGUAAGUGAUGGGGCUUGGAGAUGAGGAAGAAAGAAAAGCAUUUCCUGUCUCUUGGCCUGUCCUCCAGGGUCUGGGGCUCCUGGCCCAGCCCCCUUUUCCGCAGUAGCCCCCUCCCAGGGUGCUGCCCUCUGGCCUUCCUGGGUAGGGAGGCCUUCUGGCGCAGCCUGGCCUGGCUGUGUAGGACUAGGUGCCCAUCAAACUGAGCAGAAGAAAAAAAAUAGAAAUUACAUCAGGCCACCUCCUUUCAUGCCCAGCCCCCAUCAGAUGCCCUGGAGGAAGCCAAUGGCUGGCUCCCUCAGCGCUGAAGACCCCUGCAGGCCCAGCGGCCUGUGUGCCCCCAUGAGUCCUUUCUCUCCAGCAUACCCAGGACCAUGGCCCUCAUGUCCUGGGGACGGAUGGGGAGAGAGAAGAGGCUGAGACCCUACACUUGGCUCCUGUCUUGGAACAGAGUCGGGGAUUAGAUCAAUGGUCCAGGUGACGCCCAGCUCUGGCCCUGCCACCAGGGCCUCUGCCUGGGAACCUGGCCCUGCCUACAGUGGGCCGCCCUGCCCUCCCCUGGGCCCAGCUGCCCCUGUAGCCACACUCCCAGCCACAUGGCCUGUGCCCAGCGGAGUGGUGACACCACCGCUAUUAACACAACCAGAAAGAGACGUCCAGCAGAUCGGGUGCCCAAAGCUGCUGCCAGUAACUGGCCGAGCGGGAAGGAGCCGACACUGAGUGAGGGCCCCGCCUUUCCCGGCCUCCGUCUCUUGCCCCUGAGGUUCCUGCCUCUGCAGAAUCCUGCCCCUACCGCCGAGCUGUGGGCAGGCUGGGUGCCACCACAGCCUUGGGGAAGUGGUAUCGGUGGCUGGUAGGCCGUGCACCUGGGGCAAGACCAUGUCCUCCAAGCUGAGCCACGCUUUUUGAGGCCCGGUUAAUGUUCCAACAAGUGGUGGAAAGGUUGUCCCAAUCACUGCUGGGCAUGGUAGAUAGGUUCCCUCCCAGGGAGGCUGGCAGGGAACCAUUGGCAUCGGAGUUGGGCCUUUGUUGGGCAUCUGCUGGGGCUGAGCCAGCCAAACUGGGGGCUGGGUGACGUGGCCUUGCCCUUGGGGGUGCUUUUGAGGCCUGCUAGAACAGUGCUGUCCAGCUGUGGCACAAAGCAGUGCUUGUGGAAGUCCAUGCUGCCUGGUUAGACAUCAGAGUAAGGGGGUGGGGGUGGGGUGCUGGUAAACAGACACGGCCCGGGGAUGGGGGACGUUAAUGCUAGGAGGAGCCAUGGUGGUGGUGGGAGAAGGUGACAAAAGGGGGAGGAACAAGGGGACCCAUAAGUCCAGCGAGGAAGGCCUGGUAGGAGCUUGGCUGUCCCUCCAAAGGUUUGAGAAGACCCAGAAGGCCCCUUGCCUGGUUCACUCUUGCCAAGCUCCUGCCUCAGCCCCAGCCUCCCCCUCACCCCUCAGUCAAGAUAACCUUUCCUCACGGUCACUAUUUAUUCUUCGUUCCUUUUCUUUUUGUAAGAAACAGUCACAAAAACCAGUGCAAAACCGUCA